CGGCGGCCUUUUCAUCACGGGCCCGACGGCCCGUGAGUCCCGCCCCGGACUGGAGAGAUCCCGAUCUAUCUGUGUACCGUUCCUCGCUGGUCCCUCUUUCCCGUCUUCUUUUAUUAAAUCCGGACUUCCCUCAUCAUCCCCCACCUCCCUCUCUACAGUUAAUUCAGUUUAAGCAGAAUCCUCCUCUCAGCUCUCCUUUCUUCCCCUGAAUCCUGAUGUCGAUCUGAACGGUUAUUUGACGAGGAAGGAAGGAAUAUUUCAGUUGGUUAGGGUUAUUUUGGGGGGAAGAGUGAUGGCGGAACACUUGGCUUCGAUCUUUGGGACGGAGAAGGAUCGGGUGAAUUGCCCCUUCUACUUCAAGAUCGGGGCGUGCCGGCACGGCGACCGCUGCUCGAGGCUCCACACUCGUCCCAGCAUCAGCCCCACCCUCCUCCUCUCCAACAUGUACCAGCGUCCCGACAUGAUCACCCCUGGUGUCGAUCCCCGGGGCCAGGCCCUCGACCCCCGCAAGAUCCAGGAGCACUUCGAGGAUUUCUAUGAAGAUCUAUUUGAGGAAUUAAGCAAGUAUGGUGAAAUUGAGAGCCUGAAUGUCUGUGACAAUCUUGCAGACCAUAUGGUUGGUAAUGUAUACGUACAGUUUAAGGAGGAAGAACAUGCUGCAAAUGCACUUCAGAACCUAACAGGAAGAUUUUAUGCAGGACAUCCAAUUAUUGUCGAUUUUUCUCCAGUAACUGAUUUUCGUGAGGCUACAUGCAGACAGUAUGAAGAGAACACCUGCAAUCGAGGUGGAUAUUGCAAUUUUAUGCAUUUGAAAAAGAUGAGCCGAGAGUUGAGACAUCAAUUAUUUGGGAGAUAUCGAAGAAGGCACAGCAGAAGCCGCAGCAGGAGCCAGAGCCCGUACAGGCACCGGAAUCAUGAAGAUCGCUAUGGAGGUCGUGGCUAUGGAAGGCAUUAUGAUAACCGAGAUCGGUACCAUGAAGAGCGAAGCAGAAGGCCUAGAAGCCAAAGCCCAGGGCGUAGAAGGGGCUGUAGUAGGAGUCCCGCAGGGAGAAGGAAUAGGAGCCCGGUCAGGGAAAGUAGUGCUGAAAGGAGGGCCAAAAUCGAGCAGUGGAAUAGGGAAAGAGAACAGGCAGAUUCUAGCAACAAGAACAAUACAGCUAACAGUGACAACAAUGGAUAUGCUCAGAAUGGUCGACAGUAUCAUGAUCAGCCACAGCAGAAUCAAGGAGGAUACAAUUAUUGAUGCAUGUUGUUUUCUGGUGGUGUGCAGGUUCCAAUUCUGUGCUGUGGAUUAUAAAAUUUGUCUUAAAUUUAUGCUUGUUUUCAAAACCAGCAUCCCUUUUUUAUGCAUGGUUUGCAUGUCUAUGUGAUUUCCUUUUUAAUCCAAAAGAAAGUUACCUGUUUUUUACAAUUGACUGUAUAUCAAGAUUUACUCGAGCAUCAAGGAUUUAAAGUCCAGGAGGAAGAGUGAGGGUCUCACUGUCCCAAGUUUCAGGGCAGUGUAUUGGGACAGGACAUGACUGGAUGGGACAUCCACCGUUCCUACUGUCAACACGUGGCAUGUCCCAUUCCACAGAAAAACUGGGAUGGCCUCAUUCUAUGGUACUUGAAUCCUUGCUUAGGAUCAUAAUUGUUUUUAUCAUUUUUUCUUACUUCUAUAAAAUUCUUUUCUUCUUAGUCAAAUAUCAGCAGUAUACUCUGAAAAUUUCAUUAUCAUUGCUCAUGCAUUAAAUUCAAACCUCCUACAAAGAUUGAAAAAAAAAACCAUGUUUUUGGGGGUUGUAUUGUGAAACUAAUUUUUUCCAGCGUCACACGAGCAUUUUACAGCAUGUGAAAUUUGAAAGGCUGCCAUGAUUUAACAUUAAGGGCAAAGUGUUGAGCACUUCUAAGCUCAAUUUUAGCAUUUUACACAAAGGUAAUUUAAACCCGUGGUUCAAGAUAUGUGAUUCUGUUGGAUAAGGAGUUUCUGUUCGUUCUUUUUCUCUUCCUUUUUCCCUGUUUGGCUGGCAAAAUCUUGCUUUAUAUUUCUUCCAUGUUGCUGUAGUUGAUGCUCAUCCAUGGUAGUUCUUUUUCGCAUCCUUUUCCCUGAUUGGCUGGAAAAAUUUUGCUUUCUAUUUCUUCCAAGGUGCUUUAGUUAUUUCUCAUCCGUGGUAGAUGGUGAAUCUUCUAUUUCCUUUCUUGUCUGGCAGUUUUAGGCUUUUAGCCGUCUUCUUUCAUAGAGUCAAAUAAACUAAGCUAUAUUCAUGGAGUUUUGCAGGUCCAGGUAUUCCUGCUUCUGAGCUUUGGCCUCAUAUCUGCUUGUAUGGAUUUCAUUUACAGGUCAAGGACGUAAAUUGCUGAAUGAGUCAACAGGAUAUGCGUUAGUCAGGACUCAGGAGUGUCACAGGGAUCGUCAUAACCCAUCAAUUACAAUACAAGCUUCUCACUCUUUGUAGACAGGCACUUCUGUUCAUUUCUAGCUAGUCUGAGUUGCAAUAUCUCUGGUUUAGUCAAAUGAGAGGACUUGGACUGCUUUUAGUUUUAGAUGCAUUUGGGUGCUUGCUUUUUGUUGAGGAGUGCUUGACAGUGUUCGCAGUUCAUUUAAGUUUUAACUUUUGGUUUAUCUGAGGUGUGAUCUGUCUUAAAUUUCACUUUUCGUUUUUUUACAAAUUUAUGUUCCAGGAGGCAUCCAAUUUGAUAUCUUGUUUCA